AUGCUAAUCACACGUUUACGGGUCCCUACAAUAAAGCGGCCACUGCUUCCAAUUACAAGUCAUCUCGUAAGACACUGUAUUCGAACUUACGUCGCAACUAAUCAUGGAAAUGUCAGACCUUUUAUAACACCUUACAAGAGUUCGUUACCUGUUAGAUGUUUGAUCGCCCAAAGGCACAUCCGAACAUUUCCAAGCAAUGACAAGUUCACUACCAAGGCUUCCAAUAUUGAGACUAUUUUGCUGAGAAAAAAUAAUGAGCGAGAGUUCAAGCAAUCGCUUCUAGCAGAUGCAAAGAAUUUUCAAGAAAGGUUCAAAAUCAAUCUAAAGUGGAUUCUUAUUAAAAACAACAGGCCGUUCUCUCUGAAUGAAAUAAGUAUUAUAGCGUCUUGGCUGAUAUUGUCACAAAUUCUAUGGCUCAUUCUGAGCACCACCACUUUCAUUUCGUUCUAUCUAUUCGUCAUUAACUCUGUUUUCAGUCAGGAAUACAUCCAUGAGAAGAAAAUCUAUGAAAGGCUUCUAAAAUGGUUGUUGAAAGAUCAUAAGUGCUCCAAUCAAGAUUUGGAAAUCACAUUUUCUCCGGAAGAUAAAGCAUCAAUGCUUGUGCUCUCUCCAGACUGGGAGUCAAAUUCAAUACUUAUAAAAAGGCUAAAUGUCAGGGAUGAGAUUUUGGACUUAGACUUAAAAUUUCACCACAUUAACCUGAAUGUUUCCCUAAAAAAUUGGUUACUUGGCAGGGGACUAAUUACAAAUGUUUCAAUAUACGGUAUUAGAGGAUGUUUGAACUUAUCCAAUUUCAUCAAUUUAGUAAACUCUUUUCAAGGAGAUCAAAAGACGGAGAAUUUUUUGAAAACUUUAAAUAACGUUGAAAUUACUGACUCAGAAAUUCUUUUGAAACAAUCUCUGAGUGCCCAGGAAACUCCGAGUCUAAAAUUUUCCAUUUACAAUCUAUCUUUACCACGACUAAGACUGAACCAUUUUAUUUCUGAUAUUCUGAGUGCCAAAACAUUUUCUGGUUCAAUUAAUAAUUCUCUUUUCAACUUAUUUAAGAGGCAACAAAAGUUAACAGCAGUUAUUGAAAAUAAUAACAAAAAUAGGAUGGCAAGCUCGAAGUUUGAUUUCACGGACAACAAUCAGGAAAAUUACCGCACAGUGACUCAUCAGGAUGAUCCGAAUUAUGUAACGACGUUAAGAUUGAACUUUAUCAACAUUAAUGAUUUAAAAUUUAAUGGCGAUGGUAAGUUCAACUGGUUGAAAGACGGCCAAGUUGAAAUACUUGCUGACAUAAUGCUAACAAAUUCUACUUCUCAUCUAUCAUCGGAGUCGAAAUAUGCAGUGGUGGAUUUGAAGGUAACUUGUAGGGACUUGAAGACAACUUUCCCUCAGGAACCUCCAGUAUUAUCGACAGGUGACAGUAUUGUUUCAUUGGAUGAAUUGAAACCUAUAAUAACAUUUAUUAACUCAUAUGAAGGGAUGGCUAAUCCUAUAUUGAAAGAUUUCUCGGAAAACGAGAGAUUGACCAAUUCCAUAAUCUGGAACUCGCCAAAUGUAUCGAUUAAUAGGCAAAGGAAAUCUUAUCCUUUAACUACAAAAGUCACUUCCAAUUCCACGAAGGAAAUCAUCAAGUUUCAUAAUCAACCAAAUACUAAUGCAAACGAAAUUGUUUUACGCUGUAAGAUGGUCAAAAACUUGUCAGAUUUACAGCUUAUUAACAUUAAUCAAAUACUAGACCAAAUUACCAUGGAGCUAUAUGUUGAUUUAACCAAAAUAGUAGAAGAUUGGGAGUUUAAAAACAAAAAUGAUUGGAUGAAACAAUGGGGUACUACCUUUGCAUCCCAAUUAUUGUUGUUUGGGUUUGGUGCCAUGGUUUGA